GUCUGAAUGAGGAAGUGACAUCGACAUCUUAUUCGGAGUUAAAUCCUGUAGCCCUGAUCUCAGUGUUGGUCCUCAAGACUUGUAACAGAGCUCCUCUCAUGUUGGUCAGAUGAAGAGAGCAAACGCUGAGAAAGAGGAAGACCCAAAAUAUUCAUUGUAUUUUAAGCUUCGCAUUAAAGUAUGGAAAACACAUCAGUUAAAUCAGUCCAUCAGUUAAAAACAGCUCUUCAUCUUCAUUUCAUUUCUUUUUUGUGUACUAACACAGACGGCAUCACAUCACGAGGUUGCUAUGGCGACAUGUUUCACAAUAUCUCUGAUGUUUCUGCUCAUGACUGCUGAUGUUGAUGGUCAGCAGGUUUGGGGAGUGAAUUAUAAUUCUUCGUAUGUUUGUGCAGUAAGAGGCUCAACAGUGAGAAUGUCCUGUAUUUAUCCUCCUGGUUAUUGGAUCACAUCAUCAUACUGGACCAAAACAACACAUCAACCUGUUUCAGUGUCACCAAACCUGUGUUCUGACACAUAUUACAGAGAAAAGGUUCAGUGUCACGCUAACAGCAUCACUUUAACACAUGUGACAGAAGCUGAUAAAGGCGUUUACUACUCCAUAUUUACAAGCAGACUAUACAGUGGAGAAUGGAGAGGGACUCCUGGAGUUCAGCUUGAUGUCACAGACCUCCAGGUGGAGACACAACAGAGAGUGAAAGAGGGAGAUUCAGUCACUCUUACAUGUAAAACCACCUGCAGACUGACUGAAGAAACAACAUUCAUCUGGUACAGAAACACACAGACAUUAACUGAACACACAGUGAAUGAGUUUCAUCUGCAGUCAGUCAGUCGUCAUGAUUCAGGAGUCUAUAGAUGUGCUAUAAGAGGAUCUGAACCUUUUGCGUAUUCUGAUGUUUAUCUCAGUGUUGAAUAUCCUCCAGAGAAAACCUCAGUGUCCAUCAGUUCUUCUGGUGUAAUAGUGGAGGGUGAUUCAGUGAAUCUGACCUGCAGCAGUGAGUCAAAUCCACCUGUUCACACCUACAGCUGGUUUAAAGGAGGAAAAUUUGUAGGAUCUGGAAACAUCUACAGCAUCUCAAACAUCAGAUCGGAUGACAGUGGAGAAUACACGUGCUGGUCCAAAAAUAUACAUGGAGGGAAAUAUUCAGAAGCUGUGAUGCUGAAUGUGAUGUUUGCACCAAGAAAUGUUGUGGCAUCCAUCAGUUCUUCUGGUGUAAUAGUGGAGGGUGAUUCAGUGACUCUGACCUGCAGCAGUGAAUCAAAUCCACCUGUUCACAUCUACAGCUGGUUUAAAGGAGGAAAACUUGUAGGAUCUGGAAACAUCUACAGAAUCUCAAGCAUCAGAUCAGAUCACAGUGGAGAAUACAAGUGCAAGACCAGAAAUAAACAUGGAGAGAAAUAUUCAGAAGCUGUGAAGAUGGAUGUGAUUUAUGCACCAAGACAUGUCAAAGUGUCCAUCAGUUCUUCUGGUGUAAUAGUGGAGGGUGAUUCAGUGAAUCUGACCUGCAGCAGUGAAUCAAAUCCACCUGUUCACAUCUACAGCUGGUUUAAAGAGAAUCAAACAUCAUCUGUUGGAUCUGGAAAGACGUUCAGCAUCACUAACAUUAAUUCUAGUCUCAGUGGAUGGUUUUACUGUGUGGCUCAGAAUAAACAUGGAUCUCAGAGAUCAGCUGCUGUAUCACUCACUGUAACAGGAGUUCAGGGUUCUGCUCUGUACACAGUUUCUGGUAUUGUGGCAGGAUGUGGAGGAUUGUUCUUCAUCAUCAUCAUCUUCAUCAUCCUGUUUAUUAAGAAGAGGAGGACUGAUAGUAGAGCAGAACACAUGAAUCAAACACAGACGGCUGACUGGAGUGAUAAUACAUACACAGCUCUGAAUCCUGCGUCCAGAACAUCUGCAGACAUUUACAACACAAUCAGAUCGGAUCAGUGCAGGGCUGCUGAUGGCGUCUACACGACUCUUGAGCUUCAGUCCAGAUCUUCUGAAUAUGAUACAAUAGCAGUAAACACACAUUAAACUCUCUCUCGCUCUAACAGUGAGAGCUCUGUUCUGAUUGCUAUUGUUAUUUGUUAUUAUUCGUUACUAAUAGUUAACAUGCAAUGAACAUACUUUAUAAUUGUCAUGUUAAGAUUUUUAUUCAUCUGACUUGUUAACAUUUGAUGUAUAAUUUAAGUAAUUUAAUAAAGCUUUUUUCUUUUGAA